GUCGAGACCACAGGAGGCUGAAACUUUGUGUCCAAAGAUUAACUGGAUCGCUUGGAAAUCGCUUGGAGAUCGGAAUGGCAAGUGGGCAGCGGUACCAGGGCAAGGUCGUCAUAGUAACGGGGGGUACCAGCGGCAUUGGCGAAGGCAUCGUGAGAGAAUUUGUUCACCAUGGAGCCAAAGUGGUCUUCUGUGCACCAGCAUCAGAAGAAGAAAAAGGAAAAGGUCUUGAGAGGGAACUUGCAGAAAGUGAUGGAUCUGGAGAAGGUCGCUUUGUGGUCUGUGAUGUUCUCUGUGAAGCAGACAUGAAGAGGUUGGUGUUGGUGACCAUAGGACAGUAUGGACAACUAGAUUGCCUGGUGAACAAUGCUGGCGGGCAUCCCCCUGAUCAAAGAAUUGAUGAUGUAUCUGCCCAAGAAUUCCGUAAUCUCAUGGACCUCAACGUUGUCAGUGGUUUCUUAAUGGCCAAGUUUGCGCUGCCCUACCUCCGGAAAACAAAUGGAAACAUUAUUAAUGUUGCGAGCGUUGUUGGUCACUUUGGACAAAAGUUAGCUGUACCAUAUGUGGCAACCAAGGGUGCUGUGAUUGCGAUGACUAAAGCUAUGGCUAUAGAUGAGAGCCAAUAUGGCGUCAGAGUCAACAGCAUCUCACCCAGCAAUAUUUGGACUCCCGGAUGGGAAAAGCUUGCAAGCCAGGCAGCCAGUGCAGAAGCAACGAUCAAGGAAGGCAAAGAUGCUCAGCUUAUGGGACGGAUGGGGACUCCAGCAGAGUGUGCAAAAGCCGCCCUCUACCUCGCUUCGGAUGCUACGUUUUGCACAGGGAUCAACCUUUUCCUCAGUGGCGGAGCUGAACUUGGCUAUGGGAGGAAGAGCCACCAAGACCCUAAUUCUGGUUUUGACAGCUAGCAAGAGCCUUCCGAGAUGGGACAAUUUUGGCAAAUUACACACACAUGUUGGGAGAUCUACUCCAGCUCCACUCUCAGCUAACUUCGUGAAACUGAAGUGGAACAGUUCCACUGCUGCAUUGAUUUGUGGUAGUAAAAA